AUGGGUGCCCUUAAAGAUCCAGCGAAAACUAUUGAAGAUCAGAAAUCAACAGAAACAAUUUCAUAUCGUGUUUAUAAACGCCGUUGGUUUAUGUUAUUUAAUUUUUUUGCAAUAUUCUUUAUAAAUUCAGCACAAUGGAUUCAAUAUACAAUUAUUGAAGAUAUUGUUGAGAAAUAUUAUAAUAUUAGUGCGACAAUGGUUAAUAUGACUUCUGUAGUGUAUUUAAUCACAUAUUUACCAUUAAUUUUACCAGCAUCAUAUAUCAUGAACAAAAAGGGUGUUCGAUUUGCGUUACUUUUAGCGGCCGGUGGUAAUUUUAUUGGAUCUUGGCUAAAAGUAUUUUCUUCACAUCCAAAUGGAUUUUACAUUGGAUUAAUCGGUCAAUCAAUAUUAUCCGUAUCGCAAUUGUUUAUGUUAAGUAUGCCACCAAAACUAGCUGGAAUAUGGUUUGAUUCCAAUCAAAUGAGUACAGCAUGCACGAUUGGAGUAUUUGGUACACAACUAGGUGCAGCUGCUGGAUUUCUUGUAACACCAAAUGUUGUAAAUGAUCAUGAUAAUCCGGAUGAAAUUGGUCAAGAUUUAUUUAUGUUAUUUUUAAUUGUAGCGAUAAUAACCACUAUCAUCUUAAUAUUGACAUUUGCAUUUUUUCAAGAAGAACCUCCAACACCACCCAGUGAAGCACAUAAACUGAAGAAACAAGAAAAUGAAGAUAAUUCAAAUAUCUUACAAUCAUAUAAAAGACUUUUGACAAAUGGACCAUUUUUAAUGUUGUUAAGUGCCUAUGGAUUAAAUAUUGGUAUUUAUAAUGUCAUCAAUACUUUGUUAAAUCCAAUACUUGGGCCACAUUUUGAAGACGGUGCAAAAUUUGCAGGAAAUAUUGGUUUAAUUAUAGUUGCCUCUGGAAGCUUUAGUGCUGUUGUGUUUGGAAUUAUUUUAGAUAAAACUAGACGAUUUAAAGAGGUAACCAUUGGCAUUUAUGUAAUCUUCUGA